AUGCUUGGUUCCAUUGAAGAACCAGAAAUCUUUAUUUGUGUGCCUCGACACGAGGUUGGCAUUUUGAAAAGAAAGAUAAAAGCAAUAACAAAAGAAAAAAUCUCAGAUAGUUUAUGGAAGAAGUUAAAGGAAAGUAAAGAUGUGUUAAAACUGACAGUGAGUGAAGUUCGAUGGGUCAGAGAGAACGUAGAGUUAGAUAUUCCUCUGCAUGAGUGGCUGGAGAAGUGUAAGAUUGAGCUUCCAGAACCUCCAGUGAUCCCACGCAGUCCAGAACUGGAGGCAAGAAUACAACGGCUCAAGCUGGAGCAGCAAGAACGGGACUAUCAAAACAUGACCAGGAAUGUCGAUACAAUACGGUCCAGAUAUCCGGAUGAAUCUAUAGCCUCACAAGUGAAAGAGAUCAAUAGGCAAAUGAUUGCUGUGCUACAGUUUGUUGUGUCAGUCGGUGCAGGGUUUGCUUUUGGUUUCAUCGGAGUAGAACUUAUCGUUGGUGACCUGGAUUUUGGGUUCCGGCUCUUGCUUGGAGUCAUGUGUGCUCUCAUCAUCGCCCUAGCAGAAAUAUACUUCUUGGCCAAGCAGCUAGCAGAGGAUGUCUUUCCCGCUCCCCCGUCGCGAAAGUCGCACCAAGAUUGACAUCUGUCCUGCCAGAUCAGUUCUUUUGUGUAUUUCAAUAGUUCGCUUUACAAAUAACUAGUUAACAUGCAAAGGAAUUGUGGUUCCUGUAAUUUUAUAUCUUUUGCUAAAAAAACAGUUUUUUAAGUGUAAGUUAGCACAUGACUUGGUGAGCUUACUUGUUGGUACUUAGGUAUGUUAAAAAGUAAUAAUGUAAAUAAUAAAACGAAUUAUAGAUUCAAA